ACCGUGUGGCGCCGCGCUACGGAAAUAAAUGGCAUCAAUGGAAGGUGGAGAAAAGUGAUGCGUAGAAAAAUUGUGAGAAAAUUCGGCAGAAAGUGGAGAAGAUUUGUGCAAGAGUAAGUGAAAAAGUACUUAAAAAGCCUUGGAGACAAUGAUUCGAUACCUUUCAACGCGUCUUGUGCAUCACGGACGAGUUUUAUGGCGACACCAAAAUCGACGACAGAUUCACACGAAAAUUGCGGAAAACUCCCGCAAAAGACGACAAAAUGCACCCAAAACUGAGCAGGCAAUCGUCAGAUACCAGGAGCCCUUCCAGCGAUACGGAUUUUCCCGAUUUGUCCUCCAGGCGAGGAGGCUUCUGCUGGACAAUGUGGUGAACAGGACCUCCAGCAGCCCCCCUGUGGAAUUACGCGCUCAAUUGGUGAAGAGAUUCUUCUCAAACGAUUCUGUGCCCGUCCUGGCCUUUGUGGGCAUUGCAGCUGUAUCCGAAGGGGCUGUGCUGCUCAAGGAUGCCGAACUGGAGGAGACUUGCGUGAAAAUCCGCGAAACCGUUGUGAAAUUCCGCCCUUCCUGGGACGAGGAGGAGACUUCUGUGGGAAACACACCAAUUGGGCUGGAUGACUUGGAGAUUGGAGCGCCCAUUGCGAAGGGAUGUUCAGCUGUUGUUCACGCUGCCGCCCUGAAGCGUCACAGCAUGGAUUCUGGCCAGAACCGCUCUUAUCCACUAGCUCUGAAGAUCAUGUUCAACUACGACGUCCAGAGCAACGCCCUGGCGAUCGUGAGAGCGAUGUUCAGGGAAACCGUUCCGGCGAAGCAUCGAGCUCUGGAAGUUGCUGGCUUUUGGCAGCAUCUGGCGGAUCAGGCGACUCUCCUUCCGCCUCAUCCGAAUGUGGUGUCUAUGUUGGGAGUGUUUUGCGCUCAGAUGCCAAAUCUGGAGGGCGCUCGCACGCUCUAUCCGUCGGCUUUGCCGCCGAGACUCCAUGAAUCCGGCUUUGGCAGAAAUAUGAGUCUCUUCCUGCUUAUGAGACGCUAUCACGCUAGUCUGGCGGACUUUCUGGCGUCAAAGGGAGGGAAAACCUCAACUAGAUGGGCUCUGCUACUGUUCGCGCAGCUCCUGGAAGCCGUGACGCAUCUGAAUCGCUACGGAGUGGCGCACAGAGACCUGAAGUCGGACAACAUCUUGAUUGAUGUGGGCGCCGAUGGGACCCCAGGACUCGUUGUGGCUGACUUUGGGUGUUGUCUGGCUGAUAAGAAGCACGGUCUGCGCGUACCUUAUCCCACGGCAGAGAUUGACAAGGGCGGCAACACAGCUCUGAUGGCUCCCGAGAUAAUCACCCAGAAUCCAGGGACUUUCGCCACGCUAGACUACACGAAAGCCGAUCUGUGGACUUCUGGGGCGAUCGCGUAUGAGAUCUUCGGCAUGGCCAAUCCCUUCUACAAUACCCAACUGAAGAGCUACUCCUACAGAGACGAAGAUCUGCCGGCACUGGAUGACGAUGUGCCGCUGAUUGUGAAGAAGCUGGUGGGAAAUCUCCUGCAGAGGAAUCCUAAGAAGCGACUGAGUGCCGAUGUGGCCGCCAAUGUGAUGCAACUGUUCCUCUGGGCUCCGUCCUCCUGGCUGCGCUCCUCUGCCAGCGCUCCUGCCCACUCGGAGAUCCUCCAGUGGCUGCUCUGUCUCACAUCGAAGGUCCUGUAUGAGAAUGCAAUGGAUUCGCGCGGCCAGAGGAGUGCGCAGUUCACGGAGUACUUCCUCAUCUCCAGCUUUCUGGUCAGGGCGAGUCUCAGGCGCAUCGAGAAGGCGUUGCUCUGGAUUCGACGCGUCGUGGCGGAGGAACAGCUCGAGGAUGAGGAGAUUAAGGUGUGAUUUCUUCUAUUUAACCCGCGGUUUUGAUGGUCUUUAAGAAAUGAGAAGGCAUUGCAAAAAGUGCCCCAAAAUAUAUAUAUAUUAUUUUCCCUAAAAAAUGUACACAAGUUCUCAACAAAUGCAAGGAUGAACGUCCGAGCGAUAA